UACGGCGCCUGUGGUUAUACUGAGGAACAGGCCGUCCAAACAUUUGGCGAACAAAACAUUGAAGAAAGACUAUUGGGUUUUCAUUAUUUGGGUCCAAAUGCUGGUGAAGUGACACAAUUGGUUGGUCUCUCCCUUAAAAUGAAAGCUACAAAAGCAGAUCUCGACGCUCUUAUAGGCAUUCAUCCGACGUGUGCUGAGGUAUUCACAACCCUUGAUGUGACAAAACGGAGUGGUUUGGCGCCUGACCUCAAGUCUUGUUGUGGUUGAGCUCUACAACAGUGUUGGACUCAAACUGUU